CACAGCCAGCUACCAGAUCGAAGGCGCGAUCGCAGAAGACGGCCGCGGCCCAUCCAUCUGGGACACGUUCUGCAAAAUCCCCGGCAAGAUCGCGGACGGGUCCAGCGGAGAGGUAGCAUGUGACUCGUACCACCGGAUGGACGAAGACAUCGCACUGCUCAAAGAAUGCGGAGCCAAGGCCUACCGCUUCUCGAUCUCCUGGUCGCGCAUCAUCCCGCUAGGCGGCCGCAGCGACCCAAUCAACCAAGCGGGCAUCGACCACUACAGCCGAUUCAUCGACAAGCUGCGUUUGGCCCCCGCGUCAAGCACUGGAUCACCUUCAAUGAGCCGUGGUGUAGUGCUGUGCUUGGGUAUAAUGUUGGUCAGUUUGCGCCUGGGCGCACCAGUGACCGGGCUAAGAGUGCGGUUGGGGAUGGCUCGCGCGAGCCCUGGAUUGUUGGGCAUAAUUUGUUGGUUGCGCAUGGCGCUGCCGUCAAGGUUUAUCGGGAGGAGUUUAAGGGCCGUGAUGGAGGCGAGAUUGGGAUUACGCUUAAUGGCGACUGGGCCGAGCCCUGGGACCCGGCCAACCCGGCGGACGUGGAAGCGUGCACGCGUAAGAUUGAGUUCGCGAUCUCGUGGUUCGCGGACCCGAUCUACCACGGCAAGUACCCAGACAGCAUGGUCCAGCAGCUGGGCGACCGGCUGCCGACUUGGAGUGCGGAAGACCUGGCGCUGGUGCAGGGCAGCAAUGACUUCUACGGCAUGAACCACUACUGCGCCAACUACAUCAAGGCGCGCACGGGCGAGCCCGACCCCACCGACACGGCGGGCAACCUGGAGCUCCUGCUGCAGAACAAGGCGGGCGAGUGGAUCGGCCCGGAGACGCAGUCGGCGUGGCUGCGGCCGUGCGCCCCGGGCUUCCGCAAGCUGCUGAAGUGGCUGAGCGACCGCUACGGCCAGCCCAAGAUCUACGUUACGGAGAACGGCACGAGCCUGAAGGGCGAGAACGACCUGCCUGUCGACCAGUUGCUGCAGGAUGAGUUUCGGGUGCAGUAUUUCCGCGAUUAUAUCGCCGCCAUGGCGGAUGCGUAUACGCUGGACGGGGUCAAUGUGCGCGGGUAUAUGGCGUGGAGUUUGAUGGAUAACUUCGAGUGGGCCGAAGGGUAUGAGACUCGCUUCGGGGUGACGUAUGUGGAUUACGAGAAUGGGCAGAAGCGGAUUCCUAAGGCGAGUGCGAAGGAGAUUGGCAAGAUCUUCAAGCAGUAUAUUGAGGAGUGAACUUGAGCUGCCGGGGUGUAAUUGGACAUAGGAAGUAGAUGGAUUCAACCUGGUGUAGUUGGAUAUAAGAAGU